UUAAAGAUUUGCAAAUUGCAAUUGAACCGCAGUUGUCCUCUCCUCAUUGAAUCGGAAGCUUAAUUAUACCGGUCCUCUUCAUCUCAUCUUUUUAUCACCAGCAUUCACUGCGACAACUGGUCUGAAUUCUGAUCAACAACAUGCCCUCUUUGUGGCCCUGGAAGAAGGAGGACGACUACGAGAAAAUCCUCUCCGAACUUGCCACAAAAAUCCAGAAACACGAUACCGCUCUCUCCCUUUACCACUCCCGUCUCCGUCGCUACCGCGCCCUAUGGUCAUUCUACAGUAUCGUCGCAUACGUUAUCUACGUCGUUCUAUUCGUCUUAGUUGUCGGUAAACGGCCGGAUGCGAGGGAAGAGUGGGGUGCAUGGGCUAAGAAGGCAUCGGUGAUAUUGGUGGGGCCGGGGGUUGUGUAUGGUGUUAGGAAUGUAUUGGGGGUGUACUAUUCGAGGCGGAUAUCGAGUGAAGAAACACAAUUACUGUCACUUCGAUCCCAGCAAUCAUCCAAAAUCGAAGAACUCAAGACGAAGACGAAUUUCUACAGUACGCAAUCCCUCGUCCAACGAUACGAAAACGCGGCGGCCGCAGCGAAUGGUACCUCACCAAAGAACUUUAUCCCAAAGAAGGGCGCGAAAGGGACCGCCGCCACUCCACUCAAGGAAGCCACCAAGUCAACGGGGAGAGCGAGCCCAGCGAGUGGGGGUCCCGUACCGAGACGAAUGGCAACAAAAGAAGGCAAGAUACCAACAUCCAGCCCACGAACACCAAGUACCCGAGCCGCCUCAUUACCAACACCGACACAACUCUCCCCCCACCCCCUUUCCUUCGGCUCCUCCUUCGGGCAAUCCACGUCCCACCCACCUGCCGUCCUCACCCCCUCCGCCUCCCAACAACCCCCCUUCGAAAUACCCUGGUACGCCCACCUGAUGACCCUCCUCAUCGGCCCCGACGACCCAGCAGAGCCAUCAUCACGCUACGCCCUCAUCUGCCGUUUCUGUGCCGCGCAUAAUGGGUUGGCGAUGCCGGGGGAGGAUGUUAGGGGUUUGAGAUGGGGGUGUAGGAUGUGUGGGGGGUUGAAUGGGCCGGCACCACCGGCGCCUGUGACGGUGGUGGUUGUACCGGGGGUGGGUGAAGGGAAGGGAGGGCAAGGGGAGGGUGAGAAGGAGGAGAAGGGGCAUGUGAGGGGGAUGAGUGAGGGGAGUGAGUAUGUGCCGAGUGAGGGGGAGACGACGGGGAGUCGGGGUGCGAGUCCGAAGAUGUGAGUGAAUGUGGAGUUGGAGUGUAGGGAUGGUCUGGAAUGGAAAUGACAGAUGGCCCUGGAUGGCUCACAUAACAUUGAUGAAAGGCAUAAUAGGUACAUGGUUCGAUGACGUUACCACGGAAAGAUGAG